AUGCCGAGGCGUCUAUCAACGUGGGAGUUGAGGAAUAUGCUUCUGGCAGUAUGUCAAGGCAUGUUGAUUGCACAGAAAUCGAGCACCAAGACCUGGCAAUUAAUUAGUCCACGAAACGAAAGGAAAGGGCGUGCCUUUCUCUGCCAUGAGGCUCCUAGAUGGGAAGGGGCCCGGCAGCAGAACCCAGGACACACAAGGCCAGUGCAGAAGAAUCGAACAAAGAGAAGGGGAGCAGCAAUUCGGACCAUUGGUAACGGGAAGGACACCUUUGACAGUAACUUGCCAAUGAACCUCAGUUGCAACCAGUUGAUCUGCCAUCAGUGCCAUGGAGAGCCCAGAGCAGGAAAUCGACCAGGCAGGCUCGUGGAAGCGGGUCUCGUGAUACAGGCAACGGCAACAUGGUUCGCAUUUGGCCAUCAUGAACUUUGA